GAAGGCUUUACCUCCCCAGGUCACUGUUGGACUGAUGCAGUCUGCUCUGGAGAAGGCUUUAUUUAUGCACUCGCUUGUAAUUGUAUGUACCUCCCAAACCUCAAAUCUUCCAUAAAUAAACACACACCAUUCUCUCUUCUCUCUCUCUCUCUCACACUCUCUCUCUCUCCAAUCCUCCGAAACACACAUUAAAAUUCACACGCACACAAAUCUACAAAUGUCUUCACCUCCACCGGGUCAGGCACACCUCUCCUUUGCUGAUGGGGAUGAAACAGUUAGAGAGCACCUACUGACAGUGGACGUUGGAGAAGCUGAUGGGGACGUGAAAUUCCGGAUACGAAAUCUGGCCAAGAAAUCAGACACCACCGGAGCCGCAAUACUCAAUGGGUUGACCUUGGACAUACCAAAGGGCCUGAUCAUGGGGGUCAUUGGCCCCAGCGGCAGCGGCAAGUCAACGCUGCUUCGAGCUCUCAACCGCCUCUGGGAACCGCCGUCUGGGACUGUCUUCUUGGACGGUCGUGAUAUUCUGGACGUCGACGUUCUCAGCCUCCGCCGCAAGGUCGGCAUGCUCUUCCAGCUUCCCGUUCUCUUUGAAGGCACAGUUGCAGACAAUAUACGUUAUGGCCCUCAAUUAAAGGGGAAGAAGGUGGGUGACGAGGACGUUCACAAGUUGCUGACACUUGUAGACCUUGAUUCAUCUUUUUCCACCAAGACUGGUUCUGAAAUGUCUGUGGGUCAGUCCCAAAGAGUUGCACUCGCUAGGACCCUCGCCAAUUCCCCUGAGGUUUUGCUGCUGGAUGAGCCAACGAGUGCAUUGGAUCCAAUAUCAACAGAGCGCAUAGAAGGUGCUUUGGAGAAGCUGAAGCAGAAACAGGGGAUGACCAUUGUGAUGGUCUCUCACAGCAUCAAACAAAUCCAGAGGAUUGCUGAUAUUGUUUGCCUACUUGUGGAUGGGGAAAUUGUUGAAGUUCUCAAACCAGACCAACUAUCUCAAGCCCAGCAUCCCAUGGCACUACGGUUUCUUGAGCUCAGCUCUUAAUCUCUCUCUCUCUCUCUCUAGAUUGAUUUGGGAUUUUAUAAAUUGUUGUGUACAAUAGUUACAUAGCAAUUGCUUGAUGAUACAUUUUGGAAAGGAAGAAACUUUGCUAGUAACUGCGCUGAUAUUUGUAUUAGUUACAGUGAUCAUAUAAAUUUGUGAGGGGCCUAAGAACUAUAUAUAUAUAUGCAUAAUAAAACACACUAAUAUUUGGCUUCCUGAA